AUGUCGGAGGAAGUAGCAGCACCAACCGUCCAGGAACCUGAGCCUAUUCCUGAAAUCAGGCAUCGCACAUUCAAACAUUGGGUCAGACCAAAAACCCAGCAAUACCAUUACAUAAAUGAUUACAUGAGAAACUACUACGACGAUGUCUUGGAUUACUUAGACAAACGUCAAAAGGGUCUCAGAGUGCCCCCACCGAGACCCCAAUAUUGGGCCGAAAGGGCCCUCAGGACAUACUUAAACAAAUCUUCAUCUUACAAACAAGCCGAAAUAGAAGACACCAUUUUGAGGUCACACAUCAGGACAGACAACAGAUUCUAUCAAGCCCAUUACAAAGGCUACAACGAACGUAGAUAUACAUUCAAUUUAUAAAUAAUUUGUUUGAAUUUGAUUGUGAA